GUCAGGAGCGACUGUGCUGCCGCUACAGGUCCGUCCAUGCUUCUCGUGUCCACACCAUGGAUCCGCUCCUGCUCAUCACCACCUGCGCGCUGAGCUCAGUGUCGCGUGCUCGACCCUCCACAGGUGAAUGGAUCAAGGAUGUCAGGGUGAAGGAGCGUGGAGAUAUCAUCCUUUGCUGUGACUCAGGAACCAAUACCAACCUUGAAAAUGAGACCCUGGACCUCAGGAGAUACAUCAACUCCACAACUUAUAAAUAUCUCGCUAUCUGGCAUCAUGAUGAGCCGGAGCAACAUGAUACCAGAGCUUCUAUCAGCCUGAAUGACCCGAGGUCCGGUGUGGCGACGACAAACAUCAGCAACGCUGCUCUGUCUGACAGCGGACUACACCAAAUCUACAGUCCAAGUCUCAAGUUCUCCUGUUGGUUUAAUGUCAUCGUCGAGCGCAGAGAGACGGGUUCGAUCCAGAACGUUUCCAGCACCGCCGGUCCUCCGAGCAGCACCACCAGUCCAGCAGCUUCUGCUGCUGGAGGACCAAACCCCUGGCUCAUCGGCGCUGCUGCUCUGCUCAUCGUCGCUGGAGGAGGCUUCCUGGAUCUUGAAGAAGCGUGGCGUCCGCCUGCCGUGUCUCGAGAUUUUCAACCAGUCCAGAAAGGAGGAGAGUCCAGUAGAGAACCAGGAAAUGAUCGUCCUGAACAUCCCAGCAGGUGAAGAAGAUGAAGACCGAGAGAAGGAUGAAGAUGAGCAGACGACCCCUCCCAGCUCCCCAAAUGGAAACGUCCCAGCUUCAGUGUGGUCUGCAGAGGACCGCAGGUCUGGGAUGAGCGAGACCAGAUGAUAAAAGCUUUUACCUUCUUAUUUUUGUCCUUUUAAAUUUUUCUCUUUUCAUCUUCUUUUCCUACACAUGCAUAUUUACAUACGCAUCCGGCAAUGAAGAACGCUUGCUGCUCUUAGGAUCCUGUGAAGGUGAAGGAUCCUGUCUGAGAUCGGAAUGUACUGAGAGGGGGCGGUACUACGUCAUAGAGGAUUGAUGACAGGCUAUUUUACCUACCUCGGCAUACACAUUGCCACUCACACACACACAUACGCACUCACACACAAUCACACACGUUCAUUUUUUGGUGAUAUGAUGAAAUCAUAUCAAAGGGGGGAACUGUUAGGGAUAUACUUUA